AUGGAUUUUGCUGGGCUAAUUUGCAAUUCAAAAUGCCUGAUACUAAUUGAUGCAAAAUCAAAAUUUCCAAUUGUAGCUGAUAUGAAAAAUGAUACAACAGCAAAAAGCCUUUGUGAUGCUUUAGAACAAGUUAUCGAUUGGUUCGGUCCUUCAGAAACAUUAGUUUCCGAUAAUGGUCCACCAUUUAAUAGUUAUGAAAUGAACCAAUUCUAUGAGAAAUAUGAUAUUAAUCAUAUCACAACAACUCCGUAUCAUCCAGCAAGUAAUGGCUUAACAUAA